UGAUUUGAAUACCACCGAAAGUACAUUUAAAAGCCAGACAAUGUAGCAGAAAUAUGAAGUUGCUCAGACUGUUUAUCCUGUUCAGACACUGUUUCAGGCACAAGCUGUUCUGGUCUGUGUUUACGUUGGAUUCUUUGCGGUGAAACCAGUCUUUAGGUGUGUUGGAAAACCUGCUCGAGUAUGUUCUUUUCUUUGUUAGGUGUGACCCCAUUGCUGUAUAACAGUGUGAGUGGAUCCAGGGCAUCUUUCCUACCUACUGUAGCCGGAGGUGCUGGAUCUGUUCAUAUUCUAUCUCUAUCUGUGUCUGUGUAGUAAAAUAGGUACCAGUAUUUAUGCGUGUCCUCUAUUACAGGCAUUUGAGGUCAUUCUCAGGAGUGUGCACGUUCUUGGGUGUCUGUGCUCAGCUUCAUGACAAGAGCUAAUCAGCUCGUCCUUUUCUUCAGAACCCGGACCCGAACUAUGAGCUGUUAGAUCAGGCUGAACAGAGAUUGUGAGCCUCACUUACCCUUUGCAGAUCAACAUCAUGGGCAGCCUGGCUGUGUGUUCAAUGCCAUGAUUCCUUCCAUUCCUCCCUCACAGACUUUCAUUGGCAGAGCUGUGUGUAAAGUCUCUCUCCCAUUGUGUGUGUUUUGCCAAGGCUGGGAUGGGAACUGUCAUGCAUGCUGCUUAUUUCCAAAGCUUAGUUGUGCGUGAACAAUGACUUUAGUGUUGCCAUUUUCCAUCUGUCAAGCUAUAAGCGACAUCCUUGAAUCCAUUUUUAUUUCCUGUUGUUAUCUCUGUCUGACUUUCUGUCUUCAUCAUAUUUCUGUUUAUUGUUCUUGUAUUUGUUAACUGGGAUUUCACUGUCUGUGUCUGGGACUGAAUUUAGAGGUCUAAUUUUCCCAUUUAGGGAUGAAAAGGCUUUAAUUCUGUCCUCCUCCUAAAAUCCUUGGGCUCCGUUGCUACCCUGAGCCGAGUGCAUGAUUGACAGGAGGCAAGUGGUUGAAAUACUUGGCCGAGCUUCUGUUCCAGUGUUAAGUUUGAUUCCUGGGAUGCAGCUGUGAUUGGGCCAAAGCACAUCAACCAUCCUCAAAACCAUGACUUCAAGAAAAUAUUUAGCAUGUGCAUGAUUAGAUUUUCAUGAUUGUAUUAAAUCUCAGAGGGGGCGGACUCUGAGGAAAAGCAUCCUGUUGUGUUUCAGAUUAAUAGUCAGUGGUGAUGAUGGCAGCUGGAACAUUUCUCCGGAUUAGUUUAUGACUGUUUAAUAACACGUAUGCACUGUUAUACCUUAUGUACUGAAUAAAUAGUCAAUUCCCGAAAUAAUGGACCUCUUCCAUUUUCCACAAUCACGUUUGCCCAAUCAUGCAAAAAUGUUGUCCUCACAUAGUUGGGAAACAAAUGAUUUAUCUUUCCUAUAGCAAAUAAUUAUUUUCAUAAGGACUCCUUUUUGUUUAAGUAAUAGUACUUUCUCUCAGGAACAUAUGUGCCAGAAUUAUUAAUACCCCUAAAAUAUUACAAAUAAACAUUCAGUAGAUUAUCACCAACACUCAGUCUUUAAAAUGCUCUCCAAGUCUCGAGGAAAUCCAUUGUCUUUGACCAAAUAUGAUGUUGCACAAAUGUAAAAUCACAUUUGUCUUUCAUUUGUAAACUCUCAUUUGUACUUCUGACACUAAAAAAAAAGAAGUUCUUGAUUGUUGACCUGCACAAGUCAGUUACUGGGUAUAUUUUUAUGUUUGAAAAAAUAUUGUGAUAACCAAAUACCAGAUAUAUGUGUUAUCUGGUUUGUAUAUAUAUAUUGCUAAUUUUAAAAAAAGAAUUAGAAAAAUUCUGGAGCCCUGAGAUCCCCGUGAUAGGCUCCAGGCUCCCUGUGACCCUGUGUAGGAUAAGUGGUACAUAAAACCUCCAGAGAUUUUGAGUAGGUAUAUCAAUUUUCUGAAACCAUCGAUCCAUUUUAACAUCUUUCUUGGUCCUGACUGCUGUAGCCCAUUAAAGAAGCUAAAUUCGGCAUACCAUAUAAAUAUGGUAAAUAUAAAUUAUAGGCUACUUCAUGAGACUUGAGAAAGCUUGCCAUUGCAUUAUAGGAGACCAAAUUGUCCUAUUUCUGCUAAGAAAUAAAUCUCAAUUUGGUAUCCAGUGGAAUGAUCUCGGGCGCAUGGUGGCUUAGUUAGCACGUUCGCCUCACUCCUCCAGGGUCGGGGGUUCGAUUGCCACCGUGACCCUGUGUGUGUGGAGUUUGCAUGUUCUCCCCGUGCUGCGGGGGUUUCCUCCGGGUACUCCGGUUUCCUCCCCCAGUCCAAAGACAUGCAUGUUAGGCUGAUUGGCAUGUCCAAAGUGUCCGUGGUGUAUGAAUGGGUGUGUGAGUGUGUAUGUGAUUGUGCCCUGCGAUGGAUUGGCACCCUGUCCAGGGUAUACCCCACCUUGUGCCCGAUGCUCCCUGGGAUAGGCUCCAGGUUCCCCGUGACCCUGAAAAGGAUAAGCAGUAUAGAAGAUGGAUUCAUGGAAUGAUGUCACACACUACUUUCUUUCAACAGGAAAUGGUUCAUUCAUAGUUGAAAUAUCUAUUUACCAAAUCCUCUCUCGACUUCCUUAGAAGGCGGUUUAGACUCACCAGUUUGGUGGAUAUGUGUUAUUUAUGGGUAGCUGUCUGGAAGUUGAGGUUAGCAUUCUGUUUACAAAAAAAAUCCAUCGUCUACCCGCCUGCAUCAUACGUCACUAAGGGGCUUUGGCCUGUAGAUGUCAAAUUUCCGCCGGGUUAUUGGCUGAAAGAGGUCUUUCAUGCCUACCAUGGGAGAGUCUAGACUGUGUGGGUAUGUUUCUGUUGGUGGUGCAGUGAGGUGCACAGACAUGUGUGAGUAUGAGCUACCCUAGAGUGGCUAGUCCAUCACCAAGAUGCAUUUGUCCAGGGAGUGGGCUGGGUGGAUCUUUGUUUAUCCAUGGAGGUGACAUGGAAAUAGAGUGCAACGUCAGAAUGGCAAAUCCUCCUGUACAAAUACACCCUUUACUAUUAACAGCUAGGAUUUAUUUUAGUCACAGACUGGAGACUGGAGUGUUGUAGUUUUCCAGACGCAUCUUGGAGUCAUGAUGGCAUCAGCUGUGGACAGAGUGACGACUGUGUUGAAUGGUGCUGGUCGUAAGCAGAGGAAUUUAGCACUGAUCUGAGGAUUUAGACACAUCCUGCCAAGUGACAGGCAUCCCUGGGCUAAUACAAGAGGCAAUGGAGCAGUUCUCAGAUGAAGAGCUGGACCAUGCUGCUGAGGAAGACAGUGAUAAGGAAGACCAGGACCUGGACCAAAUGUUUGGAGCAUGGCUCGGGGAGCUGGACAAGCUAACCAAGAGUUUGGAUGAUGGAAAGUCAGAGAGAGGGGUGCAGAAAGCUCCUCUCAGACAGGAGACUAACAUGGCAAACUUCUCGUACCGCUUCUCCAUAUACAACAUCAACGAGGCUCUAAACCAGGGGGACUCUGUGGAUCUGGACGCUCUAAUGGCCGACCUGUGCUCUAUCGAGCAGGAGCUGAGCACCGUCGGCAAGCCGAGCAGUAGCUCUGCACGCCUCGGCCUGGCUGGAGACGCCAGAGUGCGUCAGAAACCUCCAGCUGGCCGUAGCCACAGUGUGAAGCACACGGGAGGAAGUGGAGGCAGCAGUGGAGGUAGUGGAGGCAGCAGCAGUAGCAGCAGCACUCGUGUGUCACCUGCAUCCACCAUCAGGCCUGCACUCGCUUCCAACUUCUCCCUGGACGACAUCACGGCCCAGCUAGAGCGUGCCUCGCAGAGCAUGGACGAGGCAGCACGCCUCAGCACAGCAUCCCUCGCCUCGACUUCGUCAGCGCCGUAUUCUUCCUCUACCAUGAGGAGGCCUGCCCAUCAGCAUCACCGGCGCACAGGCUCGGUAGGCACCGUCAUCGAGCAUGAGGUGAGAUCCAUUGUGCACUCGUCUCGCUCCAGCAUCAACUCUGCCUCAGCGUCCAGUGUUGACUCACUGGAAAUGGACAAGUCGAGGCAGUUGGAACAAGACAGUCUACAGGAACAUAGCCAGCAGAGCUCAGAGCACUCAUAUCUGGACAGGGAGACUUCUCUGAUUCUGAAAAACAUUGCAGGAAAGCCCUCUCACUUGCUGACAAAGGAGGAACAGGCUGCCAAACUUAAAGCAGAGAAGAUCCGAGUUGCCCUGGAGAAGAUUAAAGAGGCGCAGGUUAAAAAGCUGGUGAUCCGAGUGCAUCUUUCUGAUGAGAGCUCCAAAACCAUGAUGGUGGAUGAGAGGCAGACGGUGCGUCAGGUGCUGGACAGCCUGCUGGACAAAUCGCACUGUGGUUACAGUCUCGACUGGUCUCUGGUGGAGAUCAUCAGUGAACUGCAAAUGGAGCGAAUCUUUGAGGACCAUGAGAACUUGGUGGAGAAUCUGCUGAACUGGACCCGAGACAGCACCAACAGACUUAUGUUCAUUGAACGGAUUGAGAAGUACGCUCUCUUCAAGAACCCACAGAACUAUUUGCUGGGCCGAAAGGAGACCUGUGAGAUGACUGACAGGAAUAAAGAAGCUCUGCUGGAGGAGUGUUUUUGUGGAAGCUCAGUCAGCGUGCCUGAGAUGGAGGGCGUGCUCUGGCUCAAAGAGGACGGUAAAAAGUCCUGGAAGAAGCGCUAUUUCCUUUUACGGGCCUCUGGACUAUACUACGUUCCAAAGGGCAAAGCCAAGACUUCUAGAGACCUGGCAUGCUUCCUACAGCUGGAUCAUGUGAACGUGUAUCUGGGGCGAGAGUACCGUAGCAAGUACAAGGCUCCCACUGACUACUGCAUGGGCCUCAAGCACCCUCAGAUUCAGAAGAAGUCUCAGUACAUCAAGUACCUUUGCUGUGAAGAUGCCAGAACUCUACAUCAGUGGGUCAAUGGAAUACGUAUCGCCAAGUAUGGGAAGCAGCUGUAUGUGAACUACCAGGAGGCUAUGAAGCGCACUGAAGCAGCACAUGACUGGUCUUCUCUCUCCAGCUCCAGUAUGAAAUCUGGUUCCAGCUCAUCCAGUCUGCCAGAAUCCCAGUCCAACUAUUCAGACAGUGGCGUGUCAGAGACUACUUCCUCUGGACAUGUUCGCUCUCAGAGUGUGGUCAGCUCCAUCUUCUCUGAGGCCUGGAAGAGAGGCAACCAGGCAGAGGAAUCCAAGAUGAGAAUGGAUCUACCUCCACCUGCACAGCCUACUAGAGCUUCUUACCCUCUCCAACUUCCCCAUCUGCCCCAGAUGCCUCAAUCUGUCCUACCCCAUGGAAGCUAUCCAAGCAUGUCACCCCAGUCUUCUCCUUCUCCCCCAUCACCCCCUCCUCCUCCACCACCUCCUCCUCCUCUGCCCAACCCUACCUGCCACUCCACACCCACCAAGUUCACUAAGUACAGCACCAUUGCGAGACUUCACAACAUCUCCCAGGCCCCUAAUCACUUCAUACAGACCCCUCUAUUGGCGGCAAUGCAACAACAGCAGCAGCAGCAGCAGCAACAGUCAGUGCCUCCGCCUCCUCCCCCUCAGUCUGUGAAACCGGUACUGAACAAUAUAGCAGCAGGUUCCAGCAUCCCACCUCCAGCCCCACCACCACCUCCACUGUCGAUGCCCGUGCCAGGGUCGGCCAUGGCAGUGCUCAAAUUAGGUCCCCCAAGCCCUCAGCCAGAGUAUAUCCCUCCUCCACCUCCUGAGGAAGAGCAAUUACCUCCUCCUCCUUUGGAUCACAUGCAAAGUAAUGGUGUCUUGCCUCCCCCGCCACCCCCAGAGCAAUUUAAGUGUCCUCUAACCCUCAGCACCAAUGGCCUCCAAGAGUUCCUGGCUCAGAAAUUUCCCCAUAUGAAUUAUGACUUUUCUCCUCUCAGCCAAGGUGAGGAGCCUCCUCCACCUCCACCUCCAGUGUGUUUCUCUCCCCCACCUCCUCCUCUUGCCCCACCUAAAACAUUCACUGGGGGAUUUCCUCCCCAGACAGCACCCAAACCAUCUGGACAUGGCAUGUCUCCUGUCUCCCCUGUAGGUCCACCUCUGUCCCCAACACCAUCCACUUCUAUGAAGAAGCAGCAGAGCUUCUCUGGUAGCCAGAGCCCCAACCAGCCUCCACCCACCUUGCCCAAACAGCACAGCUUCCCCUCAAAAGCACCAACUUUAUCUACCGCCAUCUCCCCAACAUCAUCUCUGGUUAAACAGAUUGCAAACCAGUUUCCUGGAACUCUAGAUGGUCCUAAAAGCCCCAUGUCUCCUCCAGUGGUAAAAACCAAGCCCAAAUGGCAGCCAGGAGGGCAGGUGCAGCCCCAGUCUCCUGAGUUCCCCCCACCCCCACCUGAAAGUAGCCUAGACUUUCCUCCACCCCCACCUCUACCUCCAGAUCCAAGUCCCCCUUCUUCCAAGAUGGGGUCACCCAUGAAGAAAUCCCCUUCCACCUCCUCUAACCUUUCAACCAGCUCAUCAGUUAAGAGGCCUCCUCCAACUCCACAGCGAAACUCCAGUAUAAAGUCCAACUCCUCUGUUGAGUUCCAGGAGUCAAAAAAAGUGGAAGACCUGGUGAGCAUGUUUGCUCAGCCCAGCCAGCCUUCCCCCAGCUCAUUCUCCACUCCAUCUUCUACAACUGGCUCACCAUCCAAGGACACCUCGAUCAGUUUCCGAGCAUCAAUGAAACCAGGCAAGAUCAACUUGGCAAACCUACCACUGCCUCUACAGGGGAAACCCAGUCAGUCCCGCCAGCCCAACUCAGACUUUCCCUCUCCUCCUCUUGAUUGUGAAUUCCCCCCUCCACCUCCAGACUCUGAGCUCCUGCCUCCUCCACCACCUGUGGAGUUGCAUACCGGAGCUCCCAAAGUGGCUGUAGUAAACCCCCAGCCACAGCUUUUCUCCAACACUUCAGCAAGGAAGCACAGCUCCUUGAGAAAAACACCUCCUCCGACUAUGCACCGCCGCAGUAGUGGUACCCCCGAGCCCUUGGCCCUUUCGCCCCCACCACAACAGAUCCCUCUUACCCCAUUUACCUCUCAGAUGCCCCCCACGUCCCCCAAAGGCAACCUCUCAAUCCAACCCAACUUUCUUGAGGACCUUAACAGGACUUUAAAGAGAAAGUCCAUGUCUAGACACAGCUCCUUGACUUCAUCCCGCAUCUCGGCCAAGAUGGACCCUGUGGCCACUAUGGACGACAUGGCACUACCACCGCCUCCCCCAGAGCUGCUGCUGGGCCAGCAGAAAAAGGGAGGCUACAUGGGUGCCAAUAUCUCAGGCUAUGCAACGCUACGGCGGGGUCCACCGCCAGAGCCACCCAAACGGGACCAAAACACCAAACUGACCAGAGAGUGGUAGAUGAAGCAUACACUAGAAGCUGUGUGCUGAUUGUCUGCUUUUCUCCGAUACAAACUAUAGACUCUCACAGGCCAUAAUAUGAAAAUGACUGACUAUGUUAAGAUUACUAUUCCUCAUUUUAACCCAAGUUAUUACCACACUAUGAAAAAGCAAGCCAAAUCACCUACAGUAUAAGCUUCUCUGCGUGUUUGUGCCGCUUUGCAAUUACGUGUAUGCAGUUAGACAAAAUAGUGAGAAAAAGAAACUCUGCCAUUAUUAUAAAUAGGUACUGCAUGGACUCCUGUGUGAGGAAAGGGGAAUAAUACAUGUAUAUGAAAAGAUGUAUUUGGAAUUUUGGGGUGGGGAGGGAGCUUUUACCUUUUUUAUAUGAAAUUAUUUAAUACCUGAAAUAUAUUCUUAUUUUAAAGUUUAGUUUUUAAACCCUUGACUGUAUGCGUUAAACGUGAAUAGAAAUCAGGAUUAAUGAAGAGAUAUGUAUAUGUGUGUUUUGUCUGAGUGGUUUGGUUGAUCCACUCUCAGAAAAAAAAAAAAAAGCAAAGGUUUGGUAGUGUUGCCUCUGUUAAAUGUGCAAAUCUAAAAAUUUUCAUUAAUCCCAUAAAAGGUUGCAAACCUACUACUAUACUUGCAGUUUUCAUUUCACUGCAAGUUAUAUACUGUAUAUAAUUGUGUAUGUGACAAAUAAAUUCUUGACUCUAUACAACUGGAUAUAAAUCCAGUUUCUCACUUCUGAAGAAACUUGUUCUGCUGUUUAAAAUAGGACCUUUAUUUUACAGAGACUUUCAGACAUUUAGAUGCAAAUGAACCCACUACUUUCGUGAAGCGCUCGUUAGCCUGGCUGUGUUUGGAGUUGGAUGUGUUCUGUUUCUGUUUCUGUUGGUUACAUUGAUGCCUAUCUGUACAUACUGCAGCUCUUCCUGACUUUAACAUCUGCUGUUAGAUUUGUGGCUAUCAGGAAGAAAUUGUCUCUCACUACACUUCAUAUCACGUUUUACUGAUUUCGUUUAUUAUUUGAGUUGAGCGGAAAAUUUGGAACAGAGUAAGAAUUUUUUGUGCCUAAAUUUGAUCUCAUGAUGUUAUAAUGUUACAACAGCAAUUCAUUGGCGUAAUCGAUAUCCUUUUUUUGUGUUUGGCUGCCUAAAUGAAGAGGAAAAUGGCUGAACUAUUGAAGCCAUGAGUGCACAUUGCUAAUGAAGGUUGUUAAAGUCAGGAGUGCUCAAGAUAAAUUACAUGGGGAAGUAAAUGUUACAUUUAAACUGAACAAUAUAAAUAUGUAAAUCAUGCA